GCUCUACCAUCACUCUCAUUCUGUCGAACUGCUCUGAAAUAUUCCAGCUAUGGAUAACGAGAGCGAGGCUCAGUCCCAGCUUCUAAAUCCGCACCUCCAAAAAUCGCCCGGAGAAAACAAACUCGCUCGUACCAACCUCGUGCGCGCUCUUAAACGACGGCGGUUCAUUUGCCUCGCGCAAAUUCUGGGCGCAGCAUGUAUAUGCGUUGCUUUGGUACUACUUGCGGGAACAUAUCUUGCCCGACGACGAAAGAGCGGUGCCUUGUUCUCAAACUCGGAUCGGCUUGACUCUAUGACAUCCUUGAAGGGUCCUCCAACAAAUUCGUUCCGAGACAAUUUGCGCUCGGACACGAAAUAUGUCACAGCAUGGGGCUCCGGGGGCUGGACCAAUGACGUGAUUGGCGCAAUGAACCUCAUAUAUCUGGGCUUGAUUACCGAACGUGUUGCGCUGCUCCCGGACUUCCUGCCCUCACGGCUCAUGCUCACCACGGUCGGAACGGAGUUUGCAACACUGCCUUUCACCGAAGUGUUUGACCUGCCGUAUCUCCGCAAGACAGCCAAUAUUCCCAUCUUGGAAUGGCGGGAGGUUAAGGCUCCAGAACGAAUGUCGCUCGACGAUCUCGGAUGCUGGAGCGUUUGGCAGUCCGUCCAAUAUGAAGAUGCCGAUCCGAGGCAGAGUUAUUCGACCUGGGAUUUGCAGCUCGAUGUCUCGUACACCAAGACCCCGGAGUGGAUCAAGAUGAGACCAGAGAUCAAGAACGACAGGUUCAGCAGCUUUUGGGCUUUGGCGACUCUUGCAUAUCCCUCGGCCAGAGAAUCCAGCAUUUCGCCGCCACUCCCCAACAAGCACAAUGUCACACUGCCGCCUGAUGACCAGCUGCUGUGCUUCGACUUCUUGUACUACGUCGCUGCGUACAAGCCACACGAGAUCGAGCUUGAUUACAGCCCGGCUUGGCGGUUCGUUGGACAGCACAUGCGAUGGACAAAAACACUGUCCGUCCUCGCCGAAGACUAUGUCCGCCGCAGUCUCGGUCUGCACUCCUAUGAGAAGAUCCCGCCGUUCAUUACAGUGCAUGUCAGACACGGCGAUUUCCGAGACUGGUGUGAAGAUGAUGUUCUUCCGGAGAACUGCUUCGCGCCUAUGGGCGCAAUCCAGCGCCGAGUGACCGAGGUGCGAGACGAGCUCAGUCAAGUCCAUGGCAUCGAAGCCAAGUCCGUCAUCGUCACAAGCGACGAAACAAAUGAAAACUGGUGGCAUCUGGUAGAAGCACUGGGUUGGCGGCGAGUAGAUCAUAGCUCGACCAUAGAACGAUAUGGAGAGUGGUAUCCAAUCCUGAUCGACGCAGUCAUCCAGUCCAGUGGAUCUGGAUUCGUAGGCACAGCACGAAGUACUGUGUCAAUUCUCGCCAGGCGGCGAGUGGAGAGCUGGCAGAAUGGGCCAACCAGAAUGGUGAGAUGGGGCAGAUUAGGCUCUGACGAUCACUAG